AUCGCAGCACGCCGGCUACGGCAAGCCGCGAGGGUCGGUUUAAAGCUUUCCGGCUUCGCUCUGUCAAACAGCCACACAGAGCGCUGCUGCCUAGCCUGCGGAGCUACGACGAUGUCGGAGCAGGAGUCUCUGAGGUGCUCCAGCGCCCGGAACCGCGGAGGCGUGCAGAGGGUCGAGGGAAAACUGCGAGCCAGCGUAGAAAAGGGGGAUUACUAUGAAGCACACCAGAUGUACAGGACUUUAUUUUUUAGGUACAUGUCGCAGGCAAAACAUGCCGAGGCCAGGGAGCUGAUGUACAACGGUGCUCUGCUCUUCUUCAGCUAUAAUCAGCAAAACAGUGCAGCAGAUCUGUCCAUGCUGGUGCUGGAGGUCUUGGAGAAAUCUGAGACUAAGGUCGAAGAGGAAAUAUUAGAAAGCCUGGCUAAGCUGUUCAGUCAGAUGGACCAGAAUUCUCCAGAGAGAGUAGCAUUUGUGUCCAGAGCCUUGAAAUGGUCCACAGGAGGGUCCGGGAAGCUGGGACACCCGAAACUACACCAGCUGCUGGCUGUCACCUUGUGGAAAGAGCAAAACUAUAGCGAGUCCCGUUAUCACUUCCUACAUUCGUCUGACGGGGAGGGCUGUGCACAGAUGCUGGUGGAGUAUUCGGCGUCACGAGGCUUCCGCAGCGAGGUCGACAUGUUUGUGGCACAGGCCGUCCUACAGUUCCUCUGCUUAAAGAACAAAAACAGCGCUUCCGUGGUGUUCAGCACUUACACAGAGAAACACCCGUCCAUAGAGAAGGGGCCGCCCUUCGUCCAGCCUCUACUAAACUUUAUCUGGUUUCUGCUGCUGGCAGUGGAUGGGGGCAAAUUAACAGUUUUCACAGUGUUAUGUGAGCAAUAUCAGCCUUCCCUGAAGAGGGAUCCCAUGUAUAAUGAGUAUCUCGACAGAAUAGGACAGCUUUUCUUUGGCGUUCCACCCAAACAGUCCCCAUCGUACGGCGGCCUCCUAGGAAACCUGCUGAACAGCCUGAUGGGCUCGGGUGAGGAGGAUGAUGGGGCCGAAGAGGCCCAGGAGGACAGUAGCCCCAUAGAACUAGACUGAGCCUGCGGCCCGGGACGACGAGAACGAACAAACUAACACAAACAAGAGGAAGACCGCCCGCCUCCCUUCUUCACCUCCACAACGGGGUCAGGGCGAGGCGCUGGUCCCUGUUUUCAGAGGCGUGCUGUUUCGACAACAAACCCCCCACGUCCCCUCUCCAUUACUAAACCAUUCUGUCCAAAAAUCAGAACAAGUAUCUUUCCACCAAAACCUCCCCUGUCAGCACUGCCCGGACGGACUGCGCCAAAGUACAAACUCUGCCCUUGUUGAAUUAUUGUAAGACUUUGUUGUUUUAUUUUAAUCAUCACUUUUUUUUGUUAGUUUGGGACUCUUGCUCCUUCGCGAUCUUUAAACCAAGGUAACAAUUUGUUCUCUCCCCUCUGAAAACCUGCUACCGGGAGGUCAGUAUAUUUGGAGUCUCUCGGUGGGGAGGACAGCAUCCCGAACAUAGCCCCGUCUCAUGAGAGGGUUUAGCCAACUCGCCUCAGUUUUCUCACCCGUUUCAGUUUGUCAGGCAGGCCACGUGGAGCUCGGUCUGAGGCGCAGUGGAGCCGCUGCUGUUCAACGACUUAUUCCGUUAAGUCUCUUCUUUCAGUAGUAAAUGAAAUUGUACUUUUAGCCAAGGUCAUGUUUCAGCCUCUCAUCCAUAGUUCUGUGGACUUAUAUAAAGACAUCAGAGUGUUUAAGUUAUUAUCACACCAUGUUGCACCUUAAAUGUCAAACGAACCCUUCUGUAGUGACGAUUGCGGCGUCUUUUCUGUUCAGCUAAACUACUGCAAGCACACAAACGACUUCAUUCCAACAGGCCGACUCUUUAGGGUGCGCUUGCUGAACUGCAGUUGGAAAACUUCAGCUCAGCCGGUGAAUAAUAACAGUCACAACGCAAGCGAUCGCUGCUGCUCAUCAGUGUUACAUUCAUUUGCCCUAAAAACACAGCUUCCUUUCGUUCGCUCCCAUUGUUCAUCUCCAGCUGCUGUAUGUGCUCAUAGUGACAUUUGAUCAGUUCAGGUCUUGAAACUUUCUAUCAUAACAUGUAACGAGUCGCCCCUUUCAAAUUAAAAAUUGUCAUUAAAUACCAAGAAAUCUAGGAACGUCCAGAGGUCUUCCAGUGUAAUGAUAAUUGAGUUGACAUACGGAAGCUACAGGUGGCCAGUGUUAAUUAAGAAUAGAAGUAGGAAAUAUAAAUAAGUGGAGGGAAAUUUAAAUAUGAACCACGUCAUUGAAACAUAAUUCACUUAAUUAGUUAAAACUCAACACUUAUGUGGAACUUCUGUUUCCACACAUUUUAUUAUUUAUAAAUACUAUAAUUAGCUGGUUUUAUCAUAUCGAAUUAUGUCACAGAAUUUUGAUUCAUUUAUAUAUUUUCAUAGGUUCUUACAUGUUAUUUAAUGUCUAAUGUUGGCCAUUCUGGUACUCCUUAGUAUUGCCGGGCUGCAGAAGAAGAGAUUGAAUUUUGUCAGCGUCCGCAUGUUCUGCUACAGUAACGUCUAUCUAAUCUAACGCCGCGCUCUUUGAAAACUGGAAGGAAAUCUCUCCUUCCAGUGACUGGAUUCAUAGAUUUACACUAAAUAUCGUUGGUCAUGAACAGAUCCGGUUGAGAGUCCGACUUGUCUCCGGUGGCCGGCGCAUCCUGCAGGCUUUUAUUAAACCACGGAGGUUGACCACGUAAUGGGAAAUUCAGACCGCAGGGUUUCUCAGCGAUGGAACACACACACACACACACACACACAAAAAGGUAGUUUGUUGGAUAACCUCAAACAUCAUGUCCUGGUGUCCAUGUUGCAGUUUCUGGAGUAUUACCGUGUCCUAGAUGUGACAACGUCAGCAGCUGAAACAUGUCAGAGGGAGGAAUGAAACUUGAGACUCUUUUUUUUUUUUUUUUUUUUUUUUGUUGAAGUCCGUUUUGUCCGAAUUGUCCUAGGUGUGUGACCAAAAGCCUAAGAUCAUGUGUGUCGGUGAACGUCAUCACAGCUGUUUGCUUUUGUUUUUGAUGAUUUUGUCCUUUGAGAACUAAAGCGAGUGUUUGGCUUUUCAACAGUUCAACUAAAUAAACUACAAUUAAGAAGAGUUUGAGAAUGUCAAA